GCGGGGCAGGGUUGUGGGCCGGAUUGGGUCCUUGGUGCGGGGCAGUCUGAGGGAGGGCACUCGAGGCGGGGUCCUGACAGUGGUGCCGAAGGACGAAAGCCGGGCGGCUGCCGCCGCAGAGACUUUGACUGAGGCAGACGGAGACAGACAGAAUGGGUACGCCAGUGAAAGACGUGAUUCUCAAACCCGAUGCUCCCACGUUUCUGUUACUCGAUAAACAUUCUGAUUACAUCGCCUCAUAUGGAUCAAAGAAGGAUGAUUACGAAUACUGUAUGUCUGAGUACCUGCGAAUGAGUGGGAUCUACUGGGGUCUGACGGUUAUGGACCUCAUGGGCCAACUGCACAGAAUGAACAAAGAAGAAAUUCUGCAGUUCGUUAAGUCAUGUCAACAUGACUGUGGUGGAGUUGGAGCCAGUAUAGGUCACGAUCCUCACCUUCUCUAUACCCUCAGUGCUGUGCAGAUCCUUUCCCUCUAUGAUAGUCUACAUGUUAUUGAUGUUGAUAAAGUGGUUGAAUAUGUUCAAGGCCUGCAACAAGAUGAUGGUUCUUUUGCUGGUGAUAAAUGGGGUGAAAUUGACACCAGAUUCUCCUUCUGUGCUGUAGCAACGCUCGCUCUUCUGGGAAGACUGGAUGCCAUUAAUCUAAAUUCAGCAGCAGAGUUUGUCUUAUCCUGCAUGAACUUCGAUGGAGGAUUUGGAUGCAGACCUGGUUCCGAAUCUCAUGCGGGACAGAUCUAUUGCUGCACAGGAUUUCUUGCUAUCACGGGCCAGUUGCACCACGUCAAUGCGGAUCUACUUGGCUGGUGGCUCUGUGAACGGCAGUUACCCUCCGGAGGCCUUAACGGACGACCUGAGAAGUUGCCUGAUGUUUGUUACUCCUGGUGGGUUCUGGCUUCUCUGAAGAUCAUCGGCCGGUUGCACUGGAUCGACAAGGAAAAGCUGUCCACGUUUAUCCUGGCUUGUCAGGACGAGGAGACUGGGGGGUUUGCAGACCGGCCCGGAGAUGUGGUUGAUCCUUUCCACACUCUGUUUGGUGUGGCUGGCCUUUCUCUCAUGGGUGAACAGCAGGUGAAGACAGUGAACCCGGUGUUCUGCAUGCCCGAGGAAACCUUGCAGAGGAUCGGCCUCCAGCCACACCUCCUGAGCUAAAGGGAAGAGGAGGUCAGGUUGCAGUGCUAUUAGAAAUACGAUUCUAGACAAUACUGAUCAACCUGACUGUGACAAGCAGUAUUGAAAUGUUUAUCCUGUCACUGGGGUUUGGCAAUAACUCGAGCUAUGACUGCUACUACAAUUUGAUUCAUUCAGUUCUGGUUUCUUGUGUAUCAGUGCAAGGAGGAACUCCUUCGGUGACCUGUCGUACUUCCUGAGAGCCCUUUGCCGACGCUGCAUCUUCCACUGCACAGACUAAAUCUCUGUAAAUCCUUGUCCAUUGUGUUACCUGAUGUCUGUAUGAAGCUUGACAUUAUUCACUGUAACGAUGGUUGAGCAACAGCAAAGGGUGAUUUAAUGGCCUUUGCAAAGUGAACAGAAGCCAAAGGCUUGAGUGGAAAUCAACAAAAUAAAACUACAGAUGUCGCCAGUCAGCAUAAAGGCAUAAAUGUGAAAAUAUUAGGCGUGAGGCGAGAGAAACUGUUAACAUUUCAGGUCCAGAAUCCUUCAUUAGAAUAGAGACAGAAACGAGUUAGCGUGAGCAGCAGUGAUCUGAAACAUCGUUUCUUUCUCCACAGAUGCUGCCCAACCUUCUGAGUGUUUCCAAUAUUUUCUGUUUACACCAAAGACCGAAAUGUAGACACUAACUCAGAGUAAUUACUACAGCAUAUUCUGGAUUAAUUUUAUUGCUAGAAAUUGGGGAUAGAGCAAAUGAACUUAGUUGACAACUCUAACGUGGAUAGAUCUUGCAAGGUAUCAUCCCUAAUUCAGAGCUGUGAGCAAAUAAUUGAGGCUAUUAUUUAAAUGAAGUAGAGCCAGCCACACUGUGGGAGGAGUGGUACUGAGGGAG